GGGAGCUCGCGUGUGACGGCAUUUCAACUUUACGACAACCCGGGCCUCCCGUUUAAAUUUGGCGGAGCGCUUGUUUACGCCAGACUUUUAUCUUCAUCCACGGCGCCUGGACAGUGGCAGGAUUCACUCGAGUACAAUGGGAAUAGAGGAUGAAACUGACCGGACGCUCUUCAUAAGAAACCUGGACCCGAGAGUGACGGAGGAGCUUUUGUUUGAGCUGUUUUUACAGGCAGGACCUCUCAUAAGAACCAAAAUCCCCAAAGACCCGGACGGGAAGCAGAAGACAUUUGGUUUCGCCGUGUAUAAACACGACGUGUCUGCGCCGUACGCCAUGCAGCUGCUGAACGGGACGACGCUCUGCGGGAGGACGCUUCAUGUGCAGUUCAGAUCAGGUAGCAGUCAUAGCAGCAGUCCAGGGAACUCGCAGAAUUCAAGUCCUACAAAUACCCCAAAUCCCCAUGGCCAAAGGACCCCAAUCCAGUUCAGUUCACCGCCGUACACUCCUCCGCCCCAAAUGCAGAGGUCCUUUUCAUCUCCCGAUAAUCUGCAGAAACAAGUCACGAUGAACAACAUGAUGUGGCAGGUCCACAUGCAGCAGCUUGAGCAGCUGAAUGGCAGAUUCCCCAAGGCUUCUCAGAGGCAGCCGCCCGGAGGUGGAGAUUCUGGCGGAGGUGGCUCAAGGCAACACGAUAACAACCCCUAUCGGCAUCAGUCGUCCCAUAUGAACAGCGGUGGCAGAAAUCAGCGCUAUGCAGAUGAGUCAAGUUCCGGCCGUCAUCAGCAACACGGCCACAGCCGGGGCGGCUAUCACCACCAGAACGACAGGAGCGGCAACCGUCACCAUGACAGCAGAGGAGGCAGCAGACAUCAUGACGAUAGGGGUAGCAACCGUGGCUACCAAGAUAAUAGAUGGCGACGAUACUAAAAAAAAAAAGAGGGGAAAAAGGAUUCCUGUAAAGACUUUAAUUCUUCACAAAUUUGUGGACAGCUUACUUAAAAAAAAAAAAAAGUCAGUUUCAUGAAAUAUGUUGACAAAUUCACAUGUAUACUCAGGUUGUUUGUACAUGAUCCUACCAGUUUGAAGAUUUAAUAACUUAUGCCUUAGAGCCAUUUUUGUUUACUUUUAGGGCGUUUUUAAAUUUGUACUUUCAUGUGAGUUUUUCCUCACAGUUGUUGCAAAAAUUGUGAGGGGAAGAACUUUAUUGUCAUAAGAGCAGGGGUGGUUUUUACUACCAAAUCUGACUGGUAGUAAAAAAAAAAAAAAAAA